AUGAAGCACGAUGACUUGUCGUUUCUUCGCCGUACUUACUUGACCACACUUACAGAUGAACAGCUACUCGCUCGCGCGAUUUCAUACAUGCGCUAUCUUAGCGCAAGCAAGAGCACCUUCAACUUCCAUCACACAGUCCUAAUGGACGAGACGGCAGUGCACUUCGAGGACGCACGCGAACAAACCGUGGAGGUCCGCGGUGCGCGACACGUAGUCGUCAAGUCGACCGAAUUCCAAUCGAUGCGAGUGACGACAGUGCUGGCACACAAGAAAGGAUCGCGUAACAUCCAGAAGGUUGUUGGAGUGUACGUAUCCUACCAACCGAAGGCUUGGAUUGACUCCGAUCUGCUGUGCAAUUGGAUCGAUACGGUGGGCUGA